AGGACGAGACUGGCGGCUAUUUCCAUAAAAAGACAUUACUAAUUGCGCUUCACUGUUACUUCUCCAUUUUCUUCUAUGAAUCUAGCAAAUUACUCUUACUACUCUGGCAUGUGCAACAUGACCGCAGAGACCCAGCACUCCCCCGCAGAGGCCAGCCCGGUGGUCCUGUCCCCGAACGUGAGCCUGGACUCCCCGCUGCCACCACUGAUGCUGCAGCCCCGUUCUAAGGACGGCGUCCUCAUCAAGUCUGAGCCACGGGGUAACAGCCCCGCCAACAACGAUGACGGGGUCAUCUUGGGCCAGACCGAGGAACACCUGCCCACCGGGAGCCGCCGGAGGAAGAGGCCGGUGCAAAGGGGCAAGCCUCCUUACAGCUACAUCGCUCUCAUCGCUAUGGCCAUCGCCAACUCCCCCGAGAGGAAGCUCACCUUGGGGGGCAUCUAUAAGUUCAUCAUGGAGCGUUUUCCUUUUUACAGAGAGAACUCCAAAAAGUGGCAGAACUCCAUCCGCCACAACUUGACCCUCAAUGACUGUUUUGUCAAGAUCCCCAGGGAGCCUGGCAGACCGGGUAAGGGUAACUACUGGACCCUGGACCCCGCUGCAGAGGACAUGUUUGACAACGGGAGCUUCCUGAGGAGACGCAAGAGGUUCAAGCGCACAGAUGUAAGCACCUACCCCGGCUACAUGCAGAGCUCCAGUGCUUUUACGCCAACCCCGAUGGGAAGGCCUGCGUACCCGAAUACGCUCUACCCAGGGAUCGGGUCCGGGUAUAGCUCCCAGCUGACGACCUCAUCCCCUCACCCGGCCAUGCUCCAUCACUACCAGACGUCUGCGGGGGUCUGCCAAGCACAGCCUCGCAUGUUCAGCAUCGACAACAUAAUCAGCCCGCAGACAGUCAUGCAAGGCGGGGAGCUCACUCCCCAGGCGCUGCAGGGGCUCGGAGGUGGUGACCUAUCCGCCAUGACCUCCAGCUGCUCGGUCACCGGGGGGGAUCCACCGGCGUGUUUCCAAACCCAAACAGUCAGCCAGUCAACUAACAUGUUGGGCAGAAACAGCGGAAACAUCUCCAAUAUUAACCCCGGGUACCCUUACUCCUCCCCACCCUCGCCUCCUACCCUGCCCAGCAUGGCUCAGACAGGAUUCUCUCCGGGGAGCUCCCAGGUGUACUGCCCGGGAAACAGGCUCUCUUUGCCGGCUUUGAGGCCGAGCUCCUGCGCGGAGCACACUGAGCAGCUGCUGGGUCUCUCGGGGCCCAUGAACACUUACAAUAACUCCUACAUGAGACAGGCCAACUUUGCUUCAGGACUGGAGAGAUACAUGUGACAUCGCGGAUUAAACACAGACUUUCAGUUGUUGGGGAUUCAUUUUGGCUGUCAACAAAUAAAAUGGACUCAUUUGUUAUUUUAAAAACAAAAGGAUUAAGCCUUGUGAUAGAACAUUCCAUUUAGACAGCUAUAAAG